AAUCACAAGAGAAAGAAAAGGUUUAUUUUGUAAAAUUGAGGAAGAGGGCAUCAUUCAACAAAAACUUCGCAUCAACGGCGGCUUAAGAGAAAACAGAGAGAGAGAGAGAGAGAGAGGGGUUUAACAGACGCUUUAGGGCUUUGGCGGAGGAAAACCUCAGCAAUCUGCCAUUCUUGCAGGUUCUCUACAUCGCCGUACAAUGAUCACCGGCGGGAAGAGCUACGUUUCGGCACCUCCAGCUUUCUCCAAUGACGCCAAGCGGCUUCUUGUCUGCACCGGUACCUCUGUCUCCAUUUUCAGUACCUCCACUGGCUUGCAGAUUGCUUCAUUGAAGGGUCACAAGGCCUUUGUGACAUCGGUCACCGUUGUGCCGGCAUCUAGUGCGGCAAGUAAGAUCUUGUGCUUCUGUUGGACUACUUCACUCGAUGGAACUAUUCGAUAUUGGGAUUUCUCGAUUCCGGAGCUCAUGAAGACCAUAGAUAUUCGGCUACCGGUUUACUCCAUGGUCAUCCCUUCUUUGUUAGGCCAGCUGUUGGAGAGGGAUGUAAAGUCUCGUGACCUUUUUGCUUAUGUAUCAGUGCAAAACAUAGGAGUGAAGGAUGGAAAGCCGGUGCCUGUGAGAGGACAAAUCCUUAAGUGUAACUUAACCAAGUCUCGCUUGGCUACUGGGGUCAUUUUGGCGGAGACUCAACAACCUGAAUAUUUAACUACUAGCUCAUCAGGGAGCUUCUUUGGCAUCCGAAAUAAGCGCAAAAUUCAUGUAUGGAAAGUGCCAAAUGGACAAUUUGAAAAAUUAGGCGCUAAAAAAAUUACUCUGCAUCACACAAAAGACUUGACGGUUCUUGCAUUUCACCCAACCCAAAGAACGGUAGCUGCAGGUGAUGUGACCGGGAGAAUUUUAAUAUGGAGGGGAUUCGGUAAUAGGACAUUUCCUGUUUCUGGUGAAGAAGCUGGCAAAAAGUCUUUUGACAGUGAUGAAGAUAGACCAGGAGUAAGAGGAAAUGAUGAUGCUGAUUCUUGCUCUACACGGCACUGGCAUCCUACCGAAGUUAUUGCUCUCUCUUUCUCCUCUGAUGGGGCAUAUCUUUAUUCAGGUGGGAAGGAGGGGGUUCUUGUGGUUUGGCAACUUGAUACAGAGAAGAGAAAAUACCUGCCUCGAAUUGGGUCACCACUAUUGUAUUUUACUGAUUCUCCAGAUCCUCUGCUUGCCUCUGUAUCUUGUGCAGACAAUCAAAUUCAUUUACUAAAAAUGCCUUCUAUGGAAAUCUUGAAGUCCAUAUCUGGGAUCAAGCUUCCUUGUUCAUUUCCUGAUGUUUGUCAAGGCUCUAAUAACGGGUUUGCCUUCAAUCAAAAUGAUGGUCUAGUUGCCCUUCGUUCAGAAAACUAUAGCAUUCAGUUCUACAGUCUGUUUGAUGACUGUGGAAUUUGUGAGCAGGUUCAAAUUUGUGAGAGGAACCAUCAACCCGGUGAAGAGCUCACUGUUGUUAUUACUUCUGUGGUUCUCUCCCUUGAUGGCUCUUUAAUGACUACUGCUGAAAUUAGAAUUCCUGAGGGUGGAAUUGGUGGUUUAAUUUGUCUCAAGUUUUGGGAUUCAGAGUUGGAAAACAAAAAGUUUAGUUUGUCAACCGUUGUAUAUGAGCCACACAGGGAUGCUGGGAUUUCUGCUCUCGCUUUCCACCCUAAUCGCCGCAUGGUUGUCAGUACAUCAUAUGGUGGAGACUUCAAGAUAUGGGUUUGCAAUGGAGGACUUCCGAAAGUUCAGGGAGAGAAAAAUUCAAGCUGGAUGUGCCAUUCAGUUGGGUCUUACAAAAAGAAGUCAAUGACUGCUGCCACAUUUUCUGCCGAUGGUUCUGUUUUGGCCGUUGCUGCAGAAACUGUUAUUACAUUAUGGGACCCUGAGCAAAAUAUCCUUGUUGCUGUAAUUGGAGAGACUCUUACGCCAAUUGUGAAUCUUAGCUUUGCUGGAGACUCCCAGUUUCUUGUAUCUGUGUCACAAGGUUCAAAGCCACAACUAUCUGUUUGGACUGUGUCGAAACUAUCAAUAUCUUGGUCAUACAAGCUUCAUAUAGAAGCCUUGGCCUGUGCUGUGGAUAUGUCUUCUUUUGCUGUGCUUGCCCUUAUCCCCGAAUCUGUACGGUUGCAAUUUAGUGACUCGACAUUCCAAGGGAGAGAUGGAAUGAUAUUGCAUUUUAAUGCCAAUGAUCCUGUUCCCCUGAGUACCUGGUCUGUUAGGAAGGCUCAGGGAGGGGGUCUUGCGUUUCUACGAUCCGAAAAAAGUAACAUUAGUUCAGAUGAAAAAUCUGGCCAUCCAUGGCUUGUCUAUAUCAAUGGUGACCACGAAUAUACUCUAUUUGACCCAUCUGGCAAGGAAGGACAAGAACUUAGUUUGACCAAGCAGGGAAGUUAUCACGCCCUUGAAGAAACAGGAGGAAAAUUUGGAUAUGAAGCUAUCUAUGGCGAACUGCCAGAAUUUGUAUCAAAGAUGGACCAGACCUUGUCUGCCCCAUCUGUUCCAUCACAGAGGCCUUGGGAGACCAUCUUCAGUGGCUCAUCACAUGAACUUCCACCUCUUACUAAGCUUUGUUCAGCAUUCUUAGAAUCAUUAUUGGAGAGGAGGACCGUUACUACAGAGUAAUUUCUGAGUCCACUGAAACAUGUCACAUUAUAUGCCUUCUUGAGUUCCUGGAUUUGACUCAAUCGAUAGGUACAAUCCGAAGAUUGAAUCAAUUGCCAUCCAAUCUGAAGCCUUCAAUUUCCUGAUUCCUAUUCAAGUACACAACAUGAAUAGCUGUCUAAAUGGUGAACCAUUCAGCUUAGGUAGAAAAAGAUGGAACUUGCUUCCUAAAGAGUAAGAAUCAUCGGAAAUUUUUGUUAGGUAGGCCAAUUUUGAGUGUGCAAUUUGGAUUUUGAAAAAGAGAAUUAGAAAAUUUUGUAAAUUAUUAUAAGUUAUGUUUUUUAAUUUGGGAAUUUUAUCCCUUUAGAUAAUCGGGAACCUUAUCUUACAUAUUUAUAUACUAUAGAAUAUAUAACUGUUGCAGUAAGUUCAAGGUUGGUGAUGAUAAUUAACACAUUAUUCAGAUA